ACGCCCCUGUGUGACGUCACCUAAACAUGGCGGCUUACUUGAACCGGCUGCAUCACAUUUCACUGCACGUCUCAAACGUGGAUAAAGUCGCUCAUGAGCUCGUGUCACGCUUCAAGUUUAACGUGUUUGCGGUCAGACUGACAGAGCGCGUGAAGCAGCUCGCGGUGCGCAGAGGAUCGGCGGUGUUUGUUGUGAACGAGAGGGCGCGUGGAGCGCAGCAGAGGUUGAAUGGACAUCUGUCACGUGUGUGGAGUCCUGUCAAAGCCACACAUCAUCAACAAUUUGAAGGUCUGUACGGAGCCCCUACACACUACCCAGUGGACACUGUGAGUAAUGUUUGUUUUGAGGUGUCGGACGUGGAGAGUUCGUCCACGGCUCUGCGUGAUCAGGGCUGUGAGUUUGUCCUGCCGCCCACUCAGGUGUACGAUGACAGAGGGUCGGUCACCUUCUCCGUGGUCCGGUCUAUAGUGGGUAAUGUGUGUCACACUCUCAUUGACACGUCUCGAUAUGAUGGUGUGUUUCUGCCGGGUUUCCAGCAGACUGCAGACAGCAGCUCAGACUCCGACUGUCCCAUUACUCACUUUGAUCAUAUCACAUACGCGUGCACGAGGAGAAGCACGCCGGACAUCACGCGCUGGUACGAGAAGAACUUUGGCUUCCAGAGGUUCUUCAUUGACAGGAAUGAAGAUGUGGAUGAGGGAUAUAUUCUGAACCAGGAUGGCAUCGGCCUGCGUCUCACUGCUAUGGACUAUUGGAAAUGUAGUGAGUCUGGAGUGAAAGUUCAUUUUAAAGAUCAAAAGGAGACAGACUGCAAGUUUGUGAUGGCAGAGUCUCUUCCUGAACAAGGCAGGAACCAGGUGGACACAUUUCUAGAAGAGCACAGAGGUGCAGGUGUGCAGCACAUAGGUCUUUACACUGAGGACAUUGUCUCCACAGCUCAAACGCUGACCCGCGCCGGAGUUCAGUUCUUCUCACCCCCUCCCACCUACUACACCGAGGUGGGAAAACAGCAGGAGAUCGUGGAGGCAGGUCAUGAUCCUUACAAACUGAGUCAAUACGGCAUCCUCUUGGACACAGACGUCCACACAGAUGACAUCAAUGCUCCCAGCCAACGGUAUCUGCUCCAGGUGUUCACCAAACCCAUAUUUGGAGAGGACACCUUCUUCCUAGAGCUCAUUGAACGGAGGGGAGCCACAGGUUUUGGCGAGGGGAAUAUUCGUGCGCUCUGGAGAUCUGUGCAAGCUUACAUGAAUGGAGAUCAGGAAUCAGAGCAUAAAAACAAACAGAGCGGACAACACUGAUCUGAUUGAUGAAUGUGUGUGAAAACAACAACAGUGACACUUUCAGACAUUUCAGAGACGCUUGGCUUAGGUGUGAGUUUGGUAACCGUGAUGAUCUGAUCAAUUUGUUGUGAUCAAAUUAGGACUCAGGUUCUCAGGACCUUUAAGAUAUGAAACAUUUCCAAUAUUAUCAGGUUCAGUUCAGCAAUAAAGCAUCAUGUGAGCAGAAAAA